GCAAUUUGUAUAUUUUGCAUAAGACCCGAAAUAAUUGAAAACGGCACCUUUAUUAACACUAUAUAUAUGCCUCUAUCUUGUUCAUUUUUUCAUAGCCAACAAACAUUUUUCAUUUUAAGUGUGCAAGAAAAUGGAGAACCUAGUUUACAACAAGAGGAUUUCCACGGUGGUUCCGGCGAGAAUGACACCGGAGGAGAAGAGCAGUCAUGAGCUAACAAGCAUGGAUUUAGCAAUGAAGCUUCAUUACAUAAGGGGCGUGUACUUUUUUGAGAGUAAGGCUGUUGAAGGGCUAGUGAUUCUUGACUUAAAAAAGGCCUUUUUUCAGCUUCUUAAUGUUUAUUUUGCGGCAUCUGGGAGAGUCCGGAGGUCGGAACACGGAGGAGGUAGGCCGAUGAUAAAGUGCAAUGAUAGCGGUGUGAGGAUUGUGGAGGCACAGUGUAGCAAAAAUUUGGAGGAGUGGAUGGGAAUUAUGAAAGAUGAUCAUUCGAUUAAUGAUCAUCUUACUUAUAAGCAUGUUCUUGGUCCUGAUCUUGGCUUCUCCCCACUUGUCUUUGUGCAGUUCACUUGGUUCCAGUGUGGAGGAAUGUCUGUGGGCCUCAGCUGGUCCCACAUUCUGGGAGAUAUCUUCACAGCUUCUGCCUUCAUCAACAUGUGGGCCCAGAUCCUAGGAGGCCAUCCGCCACGUCAUCCUGCAGAAAACCCAAGCUCUGAAACUGACAAACUCCCUUGUUUCACCACAAAAUCAUGUUCACUAAAAACAGUAGGCCCUGUCGGAGACUACUGGGUGGCCCCAAAUAACUGCAAAAUGAGGACUCAUUCUUUUCAUAUCACUGAGCAACAACUUCAUCACUUGCUUACUAAAAUCUGCAGGCUAAGCCCAAGUGAAAAGAUCAGGCCUUUUGAAUGCAUCUCUGCAAUAAUUUGGAAAUCUCUUGCUAAGAUAAGAAAAGAGCUGAUGCAAGAAUUUGUGACAAUAUGUACCCACAAUUCUCAUGACAUUGGAAAUGAAUCUCCGCGUAAUAGGCAGGUUGUGAGCACGGUUGAGUUCGAUGCACAUUUUGAUGCUGAUGUACUGCAUGUAGCUAACUUCAUUGCAAAGAAACAAGUUGAUGAGCGAGAAAAGAUUGCAGAGCUGAUUGACAAAGAGGAUGGGAACUUGGACUGUAUAGUGUACGGGGCAAAUCUGACAUUCGUUAAUCUUGAAGGCACGAAAAUGUAUGAGAUGGAGCUGAAGGGAGUGAAAACUGUCUAUGCAAAUUAUACUAUCGAUGGAGUUGGUGACAAUGGGGUGGUUUUGGUUCUUCCGGAGAUGAAAGAUGGCGACAAGGGAUUAAGAGUGACAAUGAUAAUGUCUGAGAAUGAAGUUGCAGAGCUGAAGAAUGAGCUGAAAUAUGAAUGGAGCAUCAAUUAAGGGGAUUCAUAUGUAUUGAAAGGGCUGAUUUUACAAAGUUAUGUAAUAAAUCUCUGUUUUAAGUACUUUUCUUCAAAUUUGUCAUGCUACAAAAGUUGUGGACAUUUGAAUGCAAUUAAUGGGAGUUUUUAGCUUGAUUCGACUUAAUAA